AUGAGCGCAAGCGAUCUAGAUCGACAGACACCCUGGUCCCGUGUCCGUGUAGAGGAGAAGGCGGCUAUCUUCCUUUACAGCAUUGCAAAGAACGCCUCGAACAGCGAUCUUCAAGAGCGCUUUCAGCACAGCGGAGAUACCAUUCAUCGCAGGCAUUUUUACCGUGUUCUUGAUGUUGUCUGUAACAUGGCAAGCCCAUAUCUCGUCCAACCAACCACCCCAUCAGAGCUACUACAAAAUGAACCAAAAUAUGCUGGUCAAUUCGAUCAAUGUCGCCUUGCAUUUGAUGGCACGCACAUUCCUGCCUACGUACCCAGCGAAAAAGCGAAGCCAUUCCGUGAUAGGACUGGUAAACUCAGUCAGAACGUGUUUGCUGCGUGUACAUUCGACAUGCAGUUCGUCUACGUGCUCUCAGGUUGGGAAGGUUCUGCUGCAGAUUCGACGGUGCUUGCCGACGCAAGGCGAAAGGGAUUUAGGACCCCGCUGGGCUUGUUUGACCUCGGUGAUGCUGGGUACGGUCUAACUACAGAAGUUAUGACUCCAUAUCGUGGCGUUCGUUAUCAUUUGAAGGAGUGGGGACAAUCAGACGAAAGGCCUCAGAAUUAUAAAGAAUUGUAUAAUCUAAGACAUGCGCAAGCUCCCAACGUCAUCGAAAGGGCUUUUGGCGUGUUGAAGCGGAGAUUUCCUAUAUUGAAGCAAACGCCAGAGUAUUCGGUAGAAACGCAGGCAAAAAUUGUUCGAGCUUGCUGUGUGCUCCACAAUUUUAUCAGGCUUCAGGAGGAUUUACCGGAUGAUCCAGAAGGCGAGUUGGAAGAAGAAGAUUCUGACGAUGAGCGUCCUGAUACCAACUACCCUGAGCGUAACACCACUGGAAAUUAUCGGCGAGCGAGCAAUCUUCGUGAUCUACUAGCAAAGAACAUGUGGGAUUCGUAUGUAGCUUUUCAACGUUAACGAAUUAACAUGCAGCAAUGAACU